CCUCUGUUGUGCAAAGCAAAGUGACACGUGUGUGAAUCUCAUAAGUGGAGAUUAGACUAGUCUGGCUUGAGCGUGAAGUCUACUGAACGAAGAGGAUAACAAAUCAAAAUGGAAGACGGUCAUUCGAAAACCGUCGAACAGUCUCUGAACUUCUUCGGUACAGACGGAGAGCGCGGUCUUACCCUUGAUCAGAUUAAGACGAACCAGGCGAAAUAUGGACCGAACGAAUUGCCAACUGAGGAAGGAAAGAGUAUUUGGCAAUUAGUUUUAGAGCAGUUCGACGAUCUUCUAGUGAAGAUUUUGCUUUUGGCAGCCAUCAUUUCAUUUGUAUUGGCGCUAUUUGAAGAACACGAAGAGACGUUCACUGCAUUUGUAGAGCCCUUAGUUAUUUUACUUAUUCUGAUAGCUAAUGCGGUGGUUGGUGUAUGGCAGGAAAGGAACGCCGAGUCCGCCAUUGAGGCUCUCAAGGAGUAUGAGCCUGAGAUGGGCAAGGUAAUCCGUCAAGACAAAUCUGGCAUCCAGAAGGUCAGGGCGAAAGAGAUUGUCCCCGGAGACUUGGUCGAGGUGUCUGUUGGUGACAAGAUCCCCGCCGAUAUUCGUCUCACCCACAUUUACUCAACCACCAUCAGAAUCGAUCAGUCUAUCCUCACCGGCGAGUCUGUAUCGGUUAUUAAGCACACCGACGCUAUUCCCGAUCCACGUGCCGUCAACCAGGACAAAAAGAACAUUCUGUUCUCGGGCACCAACGUGGCCGCUGGCAAGGCCCGUGGCGUCGUUAUUGGCACUGGACUGAGCACUGCUAUCGGUAAAAUCCGUACCGAAAUGUCGGAGACUGAAGAGAUUAAGACACCACUGCAACAGAAACUGGACGAGUUCGGCGAGCAGCUGUCCAAGGUUAUUUCCGUCAUUUGCGUCGCUGUCUGGGCCAUCAACAUUGGCCACUUUAACGAUCCCGCCCACGGUGGCUCCUGGAUCAAGGGUGCCAUCUACUAUUUCAAGAUUGCUGUGGCCUUGGCUGUCGCUGCCAUCCCAGAGGGUCUGCCCGCCGUUAUUACUACCUGCUUGGCUUUGGGCACACGCCGCAUGGCCAAGAAGAAUGCUAUUGUACGCUCCCUGCCAUCUGUCGAGACCUUGGGCUGCACAUCCGUCAUCUGCUCUGAUAAGACCGGCACUCUCACCACCAACCAAAUGUCCGUUUCCCGCAUGUUGAUCUUCGAGAAGGUGGAGGGCAAUGACAGUAGCUUCCUGGAGUUUGAACUGACAGGAUCCACCUACGAGCCCAUUGGCGAGCUCUUCUUGGGCGGCCAGCGGGUGAAGGCCAGUGACUACGAGGCGCUCCAGGAACUGGCAACGGUUUGCAUCAUGUGCAACGACUCUGCCAUCGAUUACAAUGAGUUCAAGGCUGCCUUCGAGAAGGUCGGUGAGGCCACCGAGACUGCCCUGAUUGUGUUGGCCGAGAAAUUGAACGCAUUCAGCGUCAACAAGUCUGGCCUAGACCGCCGAUCCAACGCCAUUGCCGCUCGCGGCGAGAUCGAGACCAAGUGGAAGAAGGAAUUCACCCUGGAGUUCUCUCGCGAUCGUAAAUCCAUGUCAUCGUACUGCACCCCACUCAAGGCCUCCCGCCUGGGCACUGGUCCAAAACUCUUCGUCAAAGGCGCCCCCGAGGGUGUGUUGGAUCGCUGCACACACGCUCGAGUCGGCACGUCCAAGGUGCCACUGACUUCGGCACUGAAGGCCAAGAUUCUUGCCCUGACUGGACAGUAUGGAACUGGACGCGACACCCUGCGUUGCCUGGCUCUCGCUGUUGCUGAUAGCCCCAUUCGCCCAGAGGAUAUGGAUUUGGGAGAUUCCACAAAGUUCUAUCAGUAUGAGGUUAAUCUGACAUUCGUCGGAGUCGUCGGUAUGUUGGAUCCCCCCCGCAAGGAGGUCUUCGAUGCCAUUGUCCGCUGCCGUGCUGCCGGUAUUCGUGUUAUUGUGAUUACUGGUGACAACAAGGCCACUGCCGAAGCCAUCUGCCGCAGAAUCGGCGUCUUCACUGAGGAGGAAGACACCACUGGCAAAUCUUAUUCCGGCCGCGAGUUCGAUGAUCUGUCCAUCGCGGAACAGAAGGCUGCCGUUGCACGCUCCCGACUCUUCUCCCGUGUGGAGCCACAGCACAAGUCCAAGAUUGUUGAGUACCUCCAAGGCAUGAACGAAAUCUCUGCCAUGACUGGUGAUGGUGUGAACGACGCUCCAGCUUUAAAGAAGGCCGAAAUCGGUAUUGCCAUGGGCUCCGGUACUGCUGUGGCCAAAUCUGCCGCCGAAAUGGUCUUGGCCGACGACAACUUCUCUUCCAUUGUGUCUGCCGUUGAAGAAGGUCGCGCUAUUUAUAACAACAUGAAACAGUUCAUUCGUUACCUCAUCUCCUCGAACAUUGGUGAAGUCGUAUCCAUCUUCCUUACCGCUGCCCUUGGCCUUCCCGAAGCUUUGAUUCCCGUCCAGUUGCUUUGGGUCAACUUGGUUACUGAUGGUCUGCCAGCUACAGCUCUUGGUUUCAAUCCACCUGAUCUGGACAUCAUGGAUAAACCCCCAAGGAAGGCCGACGAAGGUCUCAUUUCCGGCUGGUUGUUCUUCCGCUAUAUGGCGAUUGGAUUCUAUGUCGGCGCAGCUACAGUUGGUGCUGCUGCCUGGUGGUUCAUCGCCUCUAGCGAAGGUCCUGGUCUGACAUACUGGCAACUCACUCACCAUCUGUCCUGCUUGGGAGGCGGCGACGAGUUCAAGGGUGUCGACUGCAAGAUCUUUAGCGAUCCCAAAGCGAUGACCAUGGCCCUGUCCGUACUCGUAACAAUUGAGAUGUUGAACGCAAUGAACAGCUUGUCUGAGAAUCAGUCCCUGAUCAGCAUGCCUCCAUGGUGCAAUUUGUGGCUGAUUGGAUCGAUGGCACUUUCCUUCACUCUUCACUUCGUUAUUCUUUACGUUGACGUCCUCUCCACCGUCUUCCAAGUGACACCGUUGUCUGCAGAGGAAUGGAUAACUGUGAUGAAAUUCUCAAUUCCUGUAGUUUUAUUAGAUGAAACAUUGAAGUUUGUUGCUAGAAAAAUCGCAGAUGUCAAUCCCAGAUUUCAUUAAUUGGAUCCCCGAUUAAUUACCAUAACAUAAAAUGAAUCCAUCCCUGCUUUAGAAAAGUACGUGCAGUUAUUAUAUUACAUAUGUCGAGAGUGCGCCAAAUUUGUGGUGAAUGUAAAAAACAGAGCAGUCGCUGUUGCUGUCGUUGUGCAUUAUGGUCUAUUACAUUAUCGCACUCAAUGGCAAAAACGAACAAACAAAACACAGAUUUGAAAUUCAGCAUGUAAGAUAUCUAAACGUAAAAACGAAAUAAUAAAACAAGAAAUCCGAAA